GAAGUGGAAUCAAGCAAAAUGUUUCGUGUGAUAUCAAAAGGAGGAAGAAGAAUGUUGAGAAAAGUGUGUGCAAUGCGGGCUUUUUUCCUGGGAUUCCCAUCGAAAUGAAUGAGAAGGAGUCCCUGUGUUGUUGUGAAUAUAUUGAUCGUGACAAUGAGCGCAAUCACAUUCUAGGUUGCUGUUGCAAUUGCGUGGAUUUUGACCAGGCUGCCGACAGCUUAUUCCGGUGUCAGUCAGUGUCCCAGGUACAGAAGAGCAACAUGCUGUUGACUCUGCAGGAUCGUAUCAGGGCACCGUGGUUUGGGGGAGCCAAAAAGGUCGCCACAGUUGAUGUUAUUCCCAUUGUUGUCCUUCCGGCAAUGCUGUAUACUGCUGCUAUCAGUCCCUACUGCUCAGUGGCAAUCUUCAUCACCAUGCUGGCCUUUCUCACUUAUAUGUACUUUUACCUGAGACGCACCUCGCCCAGGUCGAAGUUCUUUUUCCUGUGGGCCAUUUGGUCUAUUCUCUUCCUGUGGAUUCUCUUCGAGUCCACAGUUCCCAUGCUUGAACUCCUACCCGAGGAGAAUGUGGCCUUCCUACUUCUUCUAUCAGUUUCGCUUUUCUUCCUCUACAAAACCAAACAAUUCUCCCAGACAUGUCAGGCAACAGCCUAUCAUGAGCAAAGUGAUGAGGACUCGACAGUUCUUCUGAUCCAUGAUGAGCCGGAGGACCCAGAAAUGGGAGGAAAUUCCUGUCAAAUGUGCCGGAAGAGAAUUCCUCCACGCACUUUUCACUGCAUCCCAUGUCAGACUUGUGUUUUCCGCCAGGAUCAUCACAAUGUCUGGCUGGAUUGUUGCAUUGGUGCCUCCAAUCACAGAUACUACCUCCUGGGUUGCCUGUUCGGGCUCAUAACUCUCCUCUUUGGCUCCAAUCUCUCGCUCACAUCCAUCUGCCAUCCCUUCCUAAUCGCCAACGUCCUGGGUGUUCAUGUUCUGAUGCCUGACGACUGCAGCGAUGUCUAUGACCAAUAUGACAUCGCUGUUUGUUUCGUGGGAUCGAUCUAUGCCCUUUCAAUGGCCAUCUGCAUUGUCCUGGUGCUGCUUCAGCAGACCUUCUUCAUCUCUCGAGGAGUCACCGGCACAGAAUGGCGUCGUGGCGAGUUUACAGGUCAAAGAAGGCAUUGCUGGAACAAUUGGAAGAACUUCCUCUGUGGCACGCAACAUAAGUAGUCCUCUCCAUCAGAAUCCGGAAGGCAAAGGCUUGGAAGAUAUCCCACAUUGAAAGGUAGGAGUGUUCUUCAUAAGCUUUUUCAGUGAUCAUCCAGUUUCAAUUUUGAUAUUAAACAACAAAGAAUACGCUUAAAAAUUAAUGUAGAGUGAAUGAGGAUGAAAAGGGAUUAUUGAUAAAAAAAAAUAUUCCCUUAACAGAGUUGAUAAAGUUUACCAUGCAAAAUUUUCUAGAUAAAAUUGCGAUUUUAGCCUAUUCUUAAAAAAAAAUCUUUCUCAGUAGAAAAUUGAAAAUUUUAAAAACGUAAAAGAAAAAAAGUCAUGCAUGCUCAAAAAUUUAGAUGAUGCAUUAUUAAUAUGUAAUUAAAUGGAUUAAGUAUUUGAUUUUAUAAAAUAUUGUUCAAAUAAAUUGCCGCUUUCCCGCUAGAGGGAAUAAGAAUCGCGCAAAUGAUGAUGCCACACAGAUGCGUAUCACGUUUGAAAUGUGAUGAAAAAACCGAUGCUUAUUAAUUUAUUUCUCACAGUUCGGUUACGUCAUUUUCAUUACGUUUAUAAUUCUAUAAAAGCAUAAAAGCUACAAAUUUCUAGGUACAGUAGACUCUCGCUAAUUCGACUCUUUUAAGAUCGGGCUACUUUUUAAUUCGCGGGCGGCUGUUAAAUUCGAAAAAAGUUUGUUGACAUUUUCAAGUUUGAUUAUGAAUAUCAAUUGAAGCAAAUAUGCUCAAAUUUGCCAUGGUUUGUCUUAGUUUUGAUGUGAUUUUGCAUUAUUAAGGGAUUUUCAUGAAAUUUGCAGUAUGUAAAAUCAAUAUGUCGUCAGUUAAAUCAACAUUUGUCGUAACUUCAUUUUUGCGAUUUUGGGAUAUAUACAUAUUUAGAAUCGGCGUAAUUUUGUUUAUUAAACACACUUGAGAAAAAGAAACUUCUAUAAGCCCAUUAAAAAUUAUUUUAAACAAAAAUUAUCGUAAGUGCCCUUAAUUAAUAAAAAUUUAUCAAAAUUUGUCGUAACUUCCAUUUUUGGGCAAGUUACGACAAAUUUUCAUACAAAAUUUUCUCCAAUCACCAUUUGCUGUAACUUCUUUUGCUCGUUUGCGUGGCUUGUAAUUUGCAGCAAAAAUCUAAUAUUUCUCAUUAAAACGUUCACAAACUCUUCCAAAUAUCCAAAGACAGUGCGAAUAAUGCAACAUUAACUCAUUUUAAUUCAAUAUUUGUGAGAAAAAAUUAAGAAAAAAAUCCCUGCCCAUCUGUCAUUAAUUCAAAACAAAACAAGCGACACGGCGCGCAAAAUGAUUCAAUAAAAUUUAUGAAAUAAAAGCUUUUAGGGACAGUGAUAUGAGUUUAAUUGAUUAAUUUAGUCAAAUAAAAGUGCUUAUUAUCACUAAAGUAAUUGAAAUUGAUUUAAUACAUUUUUGAAAAUUGUCGUAACUUCCAAGAUUCCCAUACAUUGGAAGUUACGGCUUUAUAAACGAUGGAAGUUUCGAUAAAAUCUUAUUGUGUUUCAUCGAACAUAUAUCUCAAUAUCUCAGCUUUUAAAUCAUUUUAUAAAGAUUUUGUCGAUUUAACUUUCAGUUUAUUAGUGCCCCUUCUAUUAUUUUGACUCAAAAGUAUCGCAUUCGGGGCUCAUUUUUAAGAAAAAUAAUGCUGAACUGAAAAUUUCGUCUCCUGAAAAGUUAUCAAAAGGAAGUUACGACAAAUGCUGAUUUAACUGACGAUGUGUUUGCAGAUGAAUAAAAAUCGUUGCAUUUCAAAAAGUUUGUCGCCCGAAUUUCUGUCUAAUUCGGCUGACAUUUCGGUCCUAUAUGCCCGAAUUUGAGAGAGUCUACUGUAUUGCCAAAUUUCUACAAAAAUUACAAAGUUCUAGGUAGAUCUAUUCUAUAGCUUAAAGGAAUUUGAGCCUUUGAAGCCUUAGCUAAUCAGAGAACACUAUAGAGCUAAAAUAUUUUAUGGGAUUAAAUAUUCAUUUACAUAUUGAUAAUGCUUCAAGCAUAGAAAUUUUAUGAGUCAAAUUUAAAUAUUUGUGUUAA